AAACGCAAAGUGAUAACGGCUGGAUUCGGAUGAAAACUUAGUUGUCAACGACAAACACAACGAGUCCUCCUGGGAAGAAACAGAAACAGCAAUGACAGAAUCCAACGGGUAGCUUUAAUUGUAUCGGAAGACUGAGUGUUGAGAAUAUGGGGAACAACUAAGUUAUUCAACAGUAAAGGAAGUGAUAUUGACUGAGCCCUCAAUGAUGGAUGCACUUGAUCCAAAGGCAAACAAGCAUGAAUCUCAGGCCAAAUACAUGCAGGCAAGAGAGGUGAGAAAGAAGCUCCUCACCCCUGCACACAAGUACAUGAUUGACAUCCUGGCCAACGGGCUGUUCUUGGAGCCAACAGCAGUAGAGGAAUUUAUUUUAGAUUGUUCAUCUGUGAGUUAUUCCAUUGGUCACUAUGAGUUUUUGCUGGAUGAAUUUGAUGAUUUCUUCGCCAAAGGAGGUCGAAAAGCCAUUUCCUUUGUGUAUCAAGAGUCUGAAGUUCCAGGAAUAGAGUGUGGACGUUCAUAUGCCGGCACCGCCAAAGGGGAAAAAAUAUUGAGACUGUUUUUAGCCAACCUGUCUCAAACAUGCCUGAAAGGUAUUUGCUGCUCCUUCACACGGGCCAGAUUGGACAUUGCUGUGAAUUCAGAAAACAUACGUGAGGAGAUCUUCUUUUCAAUGGUCGAUGCCGAGACGGGCCUUCUGAAAGGUACAAGAAAUGCCUUCAAUUUCCUGCUACCAGCUCUUGAUGCAGGACAAAACUGGGGUGUCUUAGAUAAAUUAAGACAUGGUGAAAAAAUUAAAAACAACUUCAAGUACUCCAUGAAGCGUUGCCUUAGCGCUUUAGAUGACAUCCAGAUGAGCAAUGAGAGUAUUGUUCACCUGAAUAAAGUCACUGACAUUGACUUCUCUAAGUUGAGCUCCGUUGAAGACAUGAAGGUUGCAGCUGCUAACUUUGACAUGGUGCAUCGACUGGAAGAAAUUCUCAUGCAAUGGUACAAGCAAAUCGAGAAGGUCCUGAUAGAAACUGAUCAGUUAAGGAAAGGUGUGGAUUCUGCAGGCCCGUUGAGUGAGUUGGAACACUGGAAAAAAAUGUCUUUGAGGUUCAACUCCAUCAUCAAUCACAUCAAGGGUCCGGAGUGUAAGGCAGUGAUGAUGGUGCUCCAUAUCAGCCACUCCAAGAUUAUGAAGAUGUGGCAGGAGCUGGAUGGCAGGAUAACAGAUCGCGUAAACGAGGCAAAGGACAAUGUGAAAUAUCUGAACACACUGGAGAAAAUCUGUCAACCUCUUUACAAUAGUGACCCGGUCGCCAUGUUGCACAGUGUGCCGAACGUCAUCAAUGCUAUUCAAAUGAUUUACAAUGUUUCACUGUACUACAAUACCAGAGAAAAGAUAUCGGCACUGUUCGUAAAAGUUACAAAUCAGAUGGUUACAGCCUGCAGAUCAUACAUUACUGACAACGGCACAUGUCUGAUAUGGGACAAAGAUGCUGAGGAAAUGGUCAAGAAAAUGCAGGACUGCAUCCGUCUAUAUCAGGAGUAUCAGUCAUGCUUCCAGAAAGCAAAGAAAAAAAAUAUGGAAAGUCCUGGAAAGAAGCCCUUUGAUGUUUCAGAGAGUCAGAUUUUUUGCAAGUUUGAGGGUUUCUGCAAGCAGCUUGAAAAGAUCAAACGAAUAAUUACACUGUUCAAGAUGUUUGAACCCCUUGGGAAAUCAAACAUUGAGGGUAUUGAGAUUCUGGCCAGACAAUUCCAGACUGUAUCCAUGAACCUGAAGAGGAAGCAGUAUGACAUGUUGGCUCCAAGGACGGUUGAAUUUGAGUCGGAUUUUACAAAGUUCAUAGCUCAAAUUGGCAACAUUGAGAAUCAGCUUCGGGCCUUUAUGAGCUCCUGCUUCUUGAACAAAUUCUCAUCCCAACAAGCUCUGGUCCUAAUACAGCGUUUUCAGAGGCUGAACAUUCCCUGCCUUGACUCGGAAAUCUCCAACCUUUUGGGUCGUAUUCUUCAGCAUUAUUUCACAGAAGUAGAGUUUGUGAAAAAGCUCUAUGACAAACAGAGAGAUGACCCCCCAUUAGCUAGAAACAUGCCUCCUGUGGCUGGAAGGAUUGGUUGGGUCAAGCAUCUCUACCAAAAAAUAGAGGAACCCAUCACAUACAUAAAAAACAACUCUGACAUCCUGUCCAGCCCUGAGGGACAAGAUGUGGUCAAAAUGUACAACCAAACUGCAGCGGCAUUUGUAGAGUUUGAGACUGUUUACCACAGAGCAUGGAUGACUGAAGUGUCCAAACUGGAUUAUAUCUUGAAUAUCACUCUGCUGGUUCGUCACCCAAAGACUGGAAAAUUAGUUGUCAACUUCGAUCCUAAAGUCACUGAGGUCAUUCGGGAGGCUAACUGUUUGAUGAAGAUGGGAAUGGAGGUUCCAAAGCAGGCUUUGAAUCUGGUAAAGUUGGAAAGCAAACUCAACUCCGACCACCUCCGACUGCAGACCAUUUUGUCAGAUUUUGAGUCCACCAUUCGGAGCAUUCCUGCAGAGUUUGUGAACCUGAUGGGUUCAAAAAUAAAACAUGUGGAAUCUGUGCUUCGCCAUGGGUCAGUGAUGCUCACCUGGUCGUCCUUUCUCCUGGACAAGUUCUUCAAAAAUGUGGACGCUGCUUUGUUUGAGCUUACACAUCUAGUAAAGAAUGUGCAGGAUGUCUGUAAGGUACACAUUGAUGAUGUCCUUAAAGACAUCUCAGAGACUGUGAUGAUUGAGCUCCCUGAAGACCAUGCUUCUUCGGUGCAGCACUUGAAGGACCUCAAUGAGAAACAUUCUAAGGAGUGGACAAAGAUAUUGGACUUCAAAUAUAAUCGUGUUAAACGAGCGGUGAUGGAGCUUGGUGAUGUGUUCAGUGGCCUUUAUGAAUCAAAAAGCACAAAGAAGACUGUGGAGGGACCUGUUUCAAGUCAAUUGCCUUUCUCAGGACGAAGGACUGUGUCAUUCUCAGGAGAGACUCAGAACACCCCCAAUGAAGAUUUUGGAAGGAAUUUAGAAGGUCCAGAUAGAGAUAGAGCGGUCAAAUUUGAGAAGGAGUUUAAGAAGCUUUAUGAAUACUUUACCGAGAGGGUAUUCGAUGCACUGGUGAAAACGACCAAACUAUCUCUGGAGGCCCUGAGAAGGAGAAUUUGUGGCACUAAAUCGAAAUCGAUAAAUGAAGGUUUCAGUAUUAAUGGGAAGUCAAAGUCUGGGUCUAAGAUGGUCUCGCUAAUAAAAAGUCAAGUCCAGCUGAUUAUACCAAACGUGGUAAUGAUUCCCGCUGUCGAGGAGAUCCAACAGGCCAUAAACCGGUUAAUCGACUUGGUCUUGGAAAUAAGCAAGGGCAUCGCAUGGCAGCGGGAAUACAGUUUCAGUGGCACCAAGAACAAAGGGGGAGAAAAAGAAAAUUUCCAUCACAGAGUUGUUGAACACAAGGACAUCAAAAAGGUUGUGGUCAUUCUGAAAUCAGCAGUCAGCACCCAAAGAGAAGAAGCAGCCGGUGUUCUGAAGCAAUUCAGCCCGUUCAGAGUGCUUUGGGAAGAGGACAGGAACCUCAAAGUCAAGGAAUUCAUGGACAGCAAUCCAUCCCUGAUCCAGAUCAAAUCUGAAAUCCAGCACUACGACUCUAUUGAAAAAGAUAUUGAUGAUAUCAAACCCAUCAUGGUUUUGGGGUCAACUGAAUUGUCAACAGAGUCAUUAAAGAAGUCCUUCACCUUUGAGACCAAAGCCUGGAAGAAGCUUUUGUGCAAAUACCUAAAGGAGAAGUACAGGAAGAAAAUGAUCGAAACCAGCAUCCAUACGAACAAAUACAUGGCUCAACUAUCCCACCCUGUGGCUAAUCUGGAAGAUGUGCGCAAUGCCAUGGGGGCCCUGUAUAAGCUCCGGGAUGCUGAAAUACAAACUGAUAUGACAUUGAUUUCCAUUGAGGAAGCUUUUGAAAUUUUGAUUAAAUAUGAAGCAGAGGUGACCAAAAGAGAAGCAGAGGGAGUGUUCAAUCUGAGGCAUUUCUUCACAGAGCUCCAGUCUAAAGCUAGAUCAGUGCAAGAGGAACUUGUUCGUAAGCAGCCCACGUUCAAACAAAACCUUCUGGAUGGUGUAACUACUUUCCAAAAUGAUGUUGGCACUUUUUUGAACCAGUAUGAUACAGAAGGCCCCAUGGCUGAUGGAAUUACUCCCCAAGAAGCCAGCUCCAGGCUUCGGACCUGUCAGACUACAUUUGAAGAACUGUGGAGGAAUUUCACCACAUAUACCUCUGGGGAGCAACUCCUUGGUUUGCCAGUCACAAAUUAUGACUGUCUACAAAAGAAAAAAAAAGAGCUUGACCUCCUGCACAAACUCUACGGCCUCUAUGAUGCAGUGAUGGGUAAGAUCAGCGGGUACUAUGGCAUUCUGUGGACAGAUGUGGAUAUUGAGAAGAUCAAUGCAGAACUUUUGGAAUUUCAGAACAGGUGCCGAAAGCUACCCAAAGCACUAAAGGACUGGCAAGCUUUCCUGGACCUGAAAAGGACAAUUGAUGAUUUCAGUGAGUCAUGUCCUCUGCUUGAGAUGAUGGCAAGCAAGUCUAUGAUGAGGAGACACUGGGACCGGAUCACAGACCUGACAGGGCACCAAUUUGAGGUGGAGUCCAACACCUUUACGCUAUCAAACAUCAUGGAAGCGCCUCUUCUGAAGUACAAGGACGAUAUUGAGGACAUCUGUAUAUCCUCUGUAAAGGAGAAGGAUAUUGACGCCAAGUUGUCACAGGUGAAAGAAGUGUGGUCCAGCCAGAUCCUGAGCCUGAUUACCUUUAAGGAUAGAGGUGAACUGAUGCUAAAAGCAGCGGACACUGCAGAGAUCCUUACCUUCCUGGAGGACAGUCUGAUGGUGCUGGGCUCACUACUGAGCAACAGGUACAGUGCCUUCUAUAAAGCAGAGAUCCAGGACUGGGUGUCAAACCUUUCAACAUCAUCGGAUGUAAUUGAGCAGUGGGUAAUUGUGCAAAACCUGUGGAUCUAUUUGGAGGCUGUGUUUGUUGGGGGUGACAUUGCCAAAGACCUUCCACAGGAAGCAAAGCGUUUUCAGAACAUUGACAAGUCCUGGGUUACAGUAAUGCAGCGAGCCCAAAAGGUUCCAAAUGUGGUGGAGUGCUGUGUGGGGGAUCCGAUUCUGGCACAGCUCCUACCAGAUCUGCAGAAACAGCUGGAGUUCUGUCAAAAGUCUCUCGCAGGGUACCUUGAGAAAAAGAGGCUCCUCUUCCCACGGUUCUUCUUCGUGUCUGAUCCAGCCCUUUUGGAAAUCCUUGGACAAGCCAGUGAUUCUCACACAAUUCAGUCACAUCUUCUCGGAGUGUUUGACAAUAUUAAUGAAGCGGAGUUUCAUGCAACUGAGUAUGACAAGAUUUUGGCUGUUAUUUCACAAGAGGGAGAGAAACUACCGCUGGACAACUCCGUCAUAGCACAGGGACCUGUGGAGCUCUGGCUCGGGCAGCUGUUGGUACACCAGCAGGCUUCAUUGCACUCUGUAAUCAAAUCUGCAGAUCUAGAGAUCAACGAUGAAGACUUCGAACUCCUUUCUUUCCUCGACAAGUUCCAAUCCCAGGUGGGCUUGCUGGGAAUCCAGAUGCUAUGGACAAGAGAUUCAGAAGAGGCCCUGCAAUCUGCUGAAUAUGACAGGGAGAUCAUGCCUCUAACCAAAAAGAAAUUUCUAAAUCUACUCAGCGCACUUAUUAAACAAACCACCCAUGACCUGAGCAAAUUUGACAGAAUCAAAUACGAGACGCUCGUCACAAUCCAUGUGCACCAGAGUGACAUAUUUAAUGACCUAGUAAAAAAGCGUAUCAAAUCUAUCAGUGACUUUGAAUGGCUGAAGCAGAGCAGAUUUUACUUCAAGGAGGAUCUGGAUAAGGUCCUUGUGUCCAUUACUAAUGUGGACUUCAUUUAUCAGAAUGAGUUCCUAGGCUGUACCGACCGUCUGGUCAUCACCCCUCUGACUGACAGGUGUUAUAUCACACUGUCCCAGGCUCUUGGCAUGAGCAUGGGAGGAGCUCCAGCAGGUCCAGCCGGCACAGGGAAAACUGAAACCACUAAAGACAUGGGUCGCUGCCUCGGCAAGUAUGUUGUGGUUUUUAACUGCUCGGACCAGAUGGACUUUAGAGGACUUGGCAGGAUAUACAAAGGUCUUGCACAGUCAGGGUCCUGGGGCUGCUUUGAUGAGUUCAACAGGAUCGACCUGCCAGUGCUUUCUGUUGCUGCUCAGCAGAUCUACAUUGUCCUGAUGGCACGCAAGAAAGUCAAAACCAGUUUCAUCUUUACUGAUGGAGACUGUGUGACUCUGAAUCCAGAGUUUGGCCUGUUUAUCACUAUGAACCCAGGGUAUGCAGGUCGUCAGGAACUUCCUGAAAACCUAAAAGUGCAAUUCAGGACAGUAUCAAUGAUGGUACCAGACCGGCAAAUCAUCAUGAGAGUCAAACUAGCCAGCUGUGGAUUUAAUGACAAUGUCAUAUUGGCCCAGAAAUUCUUUGUCCUUUAUAAACUCUGUGAAGAACAACUUACAAAGCAGGUCCACUAUGACUUUGGCCUGAGGAACAUCCUGUCUGUGUUAAGAACACUUGGAGCCAAUAAAAGAGCUCGACCUGAGGACACUGAGUCCAGCACUGUCAUGAGAGUUCUGCGUGACAUGAACCUUUCUAAACUGGUGGAUGAGGAUGAGCCUCUCUUCCUUAGUUUGAUCAAUGAUCUAUUCCCUGGUAUCCAGCUGGAUGGGAGCACAUAUGUUGAACUUCAAGCUGCUGUUGCCCAUCAAGUUGAGCUGGCUGGUCUAGUCAACCACCCACCAUGGAACCUGAAGCUUGUUCAGCUUUAUGAGACUUCUCGAGUGCGCCAUGGCCUGAUGACUCUGGGUCCAAGUGGAGCUGGAAAGACUGCGGUGAUCAACAUACUCAUGAAAGCUAUGACGGAAGGCGGAGCCCCUCACAGAGAGAUGCGGAUGAAUCCCAAAGCAAUCACUGCACCACAAAUGUUUGGUCGUCUUGACGCGGCCACCAAUGAUUGGACUGAUGGAAUCUUUUCCACUCUGUGGAGGAGGACGCUUAAAGCCAAGAAAGGGGAGUUCAUAUGGAUUGUGCUGGAUGGCCCUGUGGACGCCAUAUGGAUCGAGAACCUCAACUCUGUGCUGGAUGAUAACAAAACUCUGACCCUGGCCAAUGGUGACCGCAUCGUCAUGUCUCCAACCUGCAAACUGGUGUUUGAGGUGCACAACAUGGAUAAUGCCUCCCCUGCUACUGUGUCCCGGGUGGGUAUGGUCUUCAUGAGCUCCUCAGCUCUCAGCUGGCAACCCAUACUCCAGGGAUGGGCUCACAAGCGCAAUGCAAGAGAGGCAGAAAGCAUUUUGGCUCUGUAUGACAAGAUAUUUGAGGACGCUUACUUAUUUAUGAAACAGAACCUUAAACCCAAAAUGGAGCUGUUAGAGUGCAACUACAUCAUGCAGUCUGUGAAUCUGCUAGAGGGCCUUAUUCCAACCAAGGAGAAAGGGGGCUUGGCCAGUGACAACCACCUUGAACGUCUCUUUGUCUUCUGCCUGUUGUGGAGCCUGGGAGCCCUUUUGGAGUUACAGGACAGAGACAAACUGGAGAAUUUCAUCCAAACUCAUGACAGUCGCAUUGAUGUACCUCAAACGCAGCCGGGGGAGACUAUGUUUGAAUACAUGGUCAACCCAAACGGAGAAUGGUGCCAUUGGAAUAACCACGUUGGAGAGUAUGUCUAUCCAACUGAUUUUGUUCCUGAGUAUGCUUCCAUUCUUGUGCCAAAUGUGGAUAACACAAGAACCUCUUUCCUCCUGGAGACUAUUGCCAAACAACACAAGGCCGUCCUGCUUAUUGGUGAACAAGGGACAGCGAAGACCGUCAUGAUAAAAAGCUACACUAAAAAAUUUGAUCCUGAGACGGACCUUUCCAAGUCCUUAAACUUUUCAUCUGCAACAGAGCCCAUGAUGUUUCAGCGCACAGUGGAAAGCUACAUUGAGAAAAGGAUUGGCAGCACUUAUGGUCCCCCAGGGGGGCGCAGGAUGACGGUCUUCGUUGAUGACAUAAACAUGCCUAUUGUCAAUGAAUGGGGAGAUCAGAUCACCAAUGAGAUAGUACGCCAGAUGAUGGAAAUGAGGGGCAUGUACAACCUAGACAAACCGGGAGACUUCACCACUAUUGUGGAUGUGAUGGUUCUGGCUGCCAUGAUUCAUCCUGGUGGUGGGAGAAACGACAUCCCACAAAGACUGAAGAGACAGUUCACAGUCUUCAACUGUACUCUGCCCUCCAACACCUCCAUUGAUAAGAUCUUUGGUGUCCUCGGCUGUGGAUAUUUCCAUGAAUGCAGGAAUUUCAAGCCUGAGAUUAUAGAUAUGGUGAAGCGUCUGGUGUCUGCUGGGAGGGUUUUAUGGCAAUGGACAAAGACAAAAAUGCUUCCUACACCAUCCAAGUUCCACUACGUCUUCAAUUUGAGAGAUUUGUCCAGGAUCUGGCAAGGAAUGUUAAACGUAAAGGCUGAGGAGUGCAAUAACAUUCCCACUCUCUUGGCUCUUUUCAAAAGUGAAUGUACGAGGGUGAUUGCUGACAGGUUUAUUUGCACAGAGGACCGACAGUGGUUUGAGAAGGCUGUAUCGCGGGUGAUUGAAGAGCAUGUUGACGCCAGUCUGGUCCCAGGACUUCAUUCUGAGCCAUACUUUGUGGAUUUCCUGCAAGAGGCUCCUGAGCCCACUGGAGAAGAAGAUGAAGAUGCCUGCUUUGAUGCCCCUAAAAUUUAUGAACUGGUGCCAAGUUUUGAGUUCUUAUCAGAAAAGCUGAUGAUGUAUCAGACCCUGCAUAAUGAGUUUGUCAGAGGCUCCAGCCUGGAUUUGGUUUUCUUCACAGAUGCCAUGACUCACCUUGUCAAGAUCUCACGAAUCAUUCGAACUGACAAUGGUAAUGCCUUGCUUGUGGGAGUGGGAGGAUCAGGGAAACAGAGCCUGACUCGCUUGGCCUCAUACAUAGCAGGAUACAGCAUCUUCCAGAUAACAUUGACUAGAACAUACAACAUGAGUAAUUUCAUGGAUGACCUAAAACUGUUAUAUAAAACAGCUGGGGCUGAGGGAAAAGGCAUCACCUUCAUCUUUACGGACAAUGAAAUAAAAGAUGAAGCCUUCCUUGAGUACCUCAACAAUGUUCUUUCUUCUGGAGAGGUCUCCAACCUUUUUGCUAAAGAUGAGAUAACAGAGAUCACCCAGAACCUGAUUCUUGUAAUGAAAAAGGAGUUUCCUCGGGUUCCUCCGACUUUUGACAAUCUUUAUGACUACUUCAUAUCCCGAUCCAAGAAGAAUCUGCAUGUUGUGCUUUGCUUCUCUCCGGUGGGGCAGAAGUUUCGCAACAGAUCCCUCAAGUUUCCAGGGUUAAUUUCUGGCUGUACCAUGGACUGGUUCACUCCUUGGCCCAAUGAAGCUCUGGUGGCUGUAUCCAACUACUUCUUGUCAGAAUUUCCAAUGGUUUGCUCUGCUGAAGUGAAGAAUGCUGUAGUGAGCACCAUGGGUACAUAUCAUGAUAAAGUGUCUGAAACCUGUGAAAGCUACUUCGAAAGGUUUCGGAGAAGAACUCAUGUCACUCCUAAGUCCUACCUCUCUUUUGUAAAUGGUUACAAAACACUGUACACGGAAAAGCACAACUACAUCAACACACUAGCAGAGCGCAUGUCUGUUGGGUUGGACAAACUGAUGGAGGCUAGUAAGUCUGUGGCUCAACUAUCCAAAGAUCUUGUCAUCAAGGAAAAAGAGCUGGCUAUUGCAUCUGUCAAAGCGGACAAGGUUGUGGCAGAGGUUACUGUCAGUGCUGAAGCUGCUACUAUUGUCAAGAAUGAAGUCCAGAUUGUGAAGGAUAGAGCCCAGAAAAUUGUGGACGGAAUCGAGAAAGAAAAGCAUGCUGAGAAAAAACUAGCGGCUGCCAAACCAGCUUUAGAAGAGGCUGAAUCUGCACUAAACACCAUCAAGCCUGCUGACAUUGCCACUGUGAGAAAACUAGCCAAGCCUCCGCAUCUGAUCAUGAGGAUUAUGGACUGCUGCCUGCUGCUUUUCCAAAGGAAGUUGGAAACUGUCUCCAUCGAUCCAGAACGAAAUUGUAUUAAGCCGUCAUGGUCAGAUGCAUUGAAGCUCAUUAGUGCCACUGGUUUUAUGACCUCACUCCAGCAGUUCCAAAAAGAUUCAAUUAAUGAGGAAAUGGUAGAACUGUUGCAGCCGUACUUUGACAUGGAGGAUUACACAAUGAUAAACGCCAAGAAAGUGUGUGGUUGUGUAGCUGGUCUGCUAGCAUGGACGCGGGCUAUGGCAACAUUCUUUGGCAUCAACAAAGAAGUGCUGCCACUCAAGGCUAACCUGGCAGUGCAGGAAAUUAGGCUAACAAAGGCUAAUAAUGAGCUGGGCGCGGCUGAGGCUCAACUGGAGGAAAAACAAGCAGAGUUUGACAAAGUCAAGGCCAAAUGUGAUGCUGCUUUGAAAGAGAAACAGGAUUUAUUGGAUGAUGCUGAAAUGUGCAAGAAUAAAAUGCAGGCUGCAUCUACACUUAUUGAUGGACUUAGUGGGGAGAAGGUUCGCUGGAUAGAGCAAAGCAAAGAAUUUAAAUCUCAGAUUAACAGACUUGUAGGGGACGUGCUUCAGCUCACUGGCUUCUUGUCCUACUGCGGGCCAUUCAACCAGAGUUUCCGGGACAUGUUGUUGAAGCACACCUGGGAGAGGGAGCUCAGGAAGCAUAACAUCCCUUUUACAGAAAACCUCAACCUCAUAUCUGCCUUAGUGGACCCUCCCACUAUAAGCGAGUGGAACCUUCAAGGACUCCCUGGAGAUGAUUUGUCUGUGCAGAAUGGCAUCAUCGUCACAAAAGCCACAAGAUAUCCCCUCCUCAUCGAUCCUCAGACUCAGGGAAAGGCUUGGAUUAAGGAAAAAGAAAAGGCCAAUAUGCUCCAGGUGACAUCACUCAACCACAAGUUCUUUCGCUCCCAUUUGGAAGACUGCCUUUCUAUGGGACACCCACUGCUUAUCGAAGAUGUAUGUGAGGAGCUAGACCCUGCACUGGACAACGUCCUUGAGAAAAACUUUAUUAAAUCUGGUACCAGUUUCAAGGUUAAAGUGGGAGACAAAGAGGUAAAUGUGAUGGAUGGCUUCCAGCUCUAUAUAACCACCAAACUGCCCAAUCCAGCAUACAGCCCAGAAGUCAGUGCCAAGACCUCCAUCAUUGAUUUCACUGUCAACAUGAAGGGCCUGGAGAACCAGCUACUCGGCCGCGUCAUCCUCAGGGAGAAAUAUGAACUAGAAGCGGAAAGAUUGAAGCUGAUUGAGGAUGUAACUGCCAAUAAGAGAAAGAUGCAGGAGUUGGAAGACAACCUACUGUACAAACUCAGCAGCACAAAAGGUUCCUUGGUUGAUGAUGACUCUAUGAUCGGCAUCUUGAGUACAACUAAGCAAACUGCAGCUGAAGUUAGUGCAAAGCUCAGUGUCGCAGCAGAUGCAGAGGUCAAGAUCAAUAUAGCUCAGGCAGAAUAUCGUCCUGUCGCCUCCCGAGGCAGCACCGUCUACUUCCUCAUCACAGAGAUGAGCAUGGUCAAUGUCAUGUACCAGACCUCUCUGGGUCAGUUCCUCAAAGUCUUUGACCUGUCACUGACAAGGUCUGAGAAGUCUGCUAAAACUCAGAAGCGAAUUGCAAACAUUAUUGAGUGUCUGACCUACGAGGUGUUCAGAUACACAGUGAGAGGCCUGUAUGAAAACCACAAGUUCAUCUUCACACUACUGCUGGCUCUCAAGAUCGACAUGCAGAAGAACAAAGUAGAGCAUGAACAUUUUCAGAUACUUAUUAAAGGUGGCGCAGCUCUUGACCUGAAGACCUGCCCAGCAAAGCCAUUCAGUUGGAUCCUGGAUAUGGUAUGGCUAAAUUUGGUCGAACUCAGCAAAUUGCCACAGUUUGCCAACAUCACAACCCAGGUGUCUCAAAAUGGGAAACUCUGGAAAGUAUGGCUCAAUCUUGACGCCCCAGAGGAAGGUGUCAUCCCAGAUGGAUACAAUUCUCUCGAUGUCUUCAUUAAACUUCUGCUCAUAAGGUGUUGCUGCCCUGACCGCACCCUGUCUCAGGCCAGAAAGUAUGUUGGAGAUUCCUUGGGCUUGAGGUUUGCUGAGCCGGUCCUCUUGAACCUUCACAACACUUGGGAGGAGAGUGACCCUCGCACCCCUCUGAUUUGCUUCCUUUCUAUGGGUUCAGAUCCCACGGAACAAAUUGAAGCACUUGCUAAGAAACUUCAACUUGAAUGCAGAGCUAUAUCCAUGGGGCAAGGGCAGGAAGUACAUGCAAGGAAGCUUGUUAAGACAUCAAUGACGCAUGGGGGCUGGGCCCUUCUGCAAAAUUGCCAUCUGGGCCUGGAGUUUAUGGAUGAGUUGCUGGAAACCAUUACAACUGCUGAGACCAUACAUGAUUCCUUCAGGGUUUGGAUCACCACAGAGCCACAUGAUAGCUUCUCCAUCACACUACUACAGUCCUCUAUCAAGUUUACCAACGAUCCACCCCAAGGAAUUCGUGCUGGUCUGAAACGCACAUUUGCAGGGAUUUCACAGAACCAGUUGGAAAUCAGCAACCUGCCCAUGUGGAAGCCGAUGCUGUACAGUGUGGCAUUUCUCCACACUGCUGUGCAGGAGCGACGCAAAUUCGGACCAUUGGGUUGGAACAUACCCUAUGAGUUCAACUCUGCUGAUUUCACUGCCAGUGUGGAAUUUGUUGAGAGACACUUGGAUGAUUGUGGCCCCAGGAAGGAUGUGUCCUGGGUAACUGUGCGAUACAUGCUAGCUGAGGUGCAGUAUGGAGGAAGGGUUACGGAUGAUUAUGACAAACGGCUGCUGCAGUGUUUUGCGCGCGUGUGGUUCAGUAAAAAAAUGUUCGACCCAUCAUUUAGCUUCUACACGGGCUACAAAAUCCCAGUGUGCAAGACAGUAGAGGAGUACAUGGAAUGUAUUCAGAGGUUGCCCAUUGCGGAUUCACCACAGGCAUUGGGGCUGCAUCCUAAUGCUGAUAUCACGUAUCAGACAAACACAUCUGCUGAAGUGCUAGACACAAUUACAAAUAUCCAGCCAAAGGAAAGCGGAGGGGGAUCGGGAGCAACUCGGGAGUCCAUUGUUUACAGCAUGGCAGAAGACAUGUUGGAGAAGCUGCCCCCCAAUUAUGUGCCACAUGAGGUCAAAGCCAGACUGUUGAAGAUGGGAGCUCUAAACCCAAUGAACAUCUUCCUACGCCAAGAGGUCGAUCGAAUGCAAAGGAUCAUCGGUGUGGUGCGGAUCAGUCUGACGGACCUGAAGCUGGCCAUUGAUGGUACCAUCAUAAUGAGCGAGAACCUCCGUGAUGCACUGGACAAUAUUUUUGAUGCCCGUGUGCCAAACCUGUGGAGGAAAGUCUCCUGGGAGUCUUCCACACUGGGCUUCUGGUACACAGAGCUUCUGGAGAGAAACAAACAGUUUCACAGCUGGGUGUUUGAAGGGAGACCCAAAGCUUUUUGGAUGACAGGUUUCUUCAACCCGCAGGGGUUCCUAACAGCUAUGAGGCAAGAAGUAACAAGGGCAAACAAAGGCUGGGCUCUUGACACAGUCACCCUGCACAACAAAGUACUGCAACAGGCACAGGAGGAGAUCACUGCCUCCCCUACAGAGGGAGUUUAUGUCUAUGGGCUGUACCUGGAAGGUUCCAGCUGGGACAGGAAGAACACCCACCUCAUCGAGUCCUCACCCAAAGUGCUGUUCACACCCCUGCCUGUCAUCCACAUGUUUGCCAUUAACUCUACUGCCCCACCGGAUCCCAAACUGUAUCUCUGCCCCAUAUACAAGAAACCAAGGCGCACAGAUCUGAAUUACAUCACAGCAGUGGUGUUGCCUACCGUCCAGCCACCAGACCACUGGAUUAUGCGUGGAGUCGCGCUGCUAUGCGACAUCAAAUAA